GCUUCGCCGCCCCGGCCCCCCUAGCUCGGAGCCCGUGCGGGGAGAGCCGGCCGCGCGCGCUCCGCGGCGGGCAGCAAGGCAUGCGCAUUGCAGGGCGCCCUCUCACCCCGCUCAGUUAUGCCAAGUAUGUGAGCGGCGGCAGGAGUCGAGCUGCGGGGAGGGAGCGCGGCGCACACCGAGCCCGCCCGACUAUGGGGCGCCGCCGCCACCACCAGCCGCGCAGGGGGGCGCCCAGCACCCUCCUGCUGGCGGGCAGCAGCUACUGAGGCAGGCGGGGCGGGGGCAGGCAUGGCUGAUCCUCUGCGCAGGACCCUCUCCAAGCUGCGGGGCAGGAGGUCCCAGCGCGGGGCGGCGGCAGGCGCGCACCCCCGCGGGGGGACCGGCGCCCCUCAAGGUAAAGCCCAGCAGCAGCCACCGGCCAGGGGGGCGCCGUGCGCUCAGCCCAGGAGCCGGGAGGUCUCGGCGCCCCCGGGGGCUGGGAGCCAGGAGGAGUCCGGUCAGCGGCAGCCAGGCUGGUCCCGCCGGGGGAAGGCACCGCGUGGCCCCGCAGCUCUGGGGGAAGGGACAUCAGGAGCCCCGGCCCCCCCUGGCUGUACCCCGGGGGACCCAUCCCCGCAGCCCGUGUCCGCCCCCGCGCGGCGGGCUCCUGACGGCGAGGAGGGCGAUUACUACGAUAAUGAGACUCUGCCCUGGGGCUGCCGCCCGGCCGAGGCGCGGGAGGAGGCGCAGGGGCUACCGGCCGCCUGUGCCCGCGGCCGAGGGGAGGGCCGCUUGGCCGGGCCCCGGGAGAGCACGGGGAGGCUGCAGAGCCAACUGCAGGAGGCCUAUUACCUGCUGAUCCAUGCCAUGCACGACCUGCCCCCGGCCAGCCCCGCCUGCGCUGGAGGGUUCCCGCAGCCCGUCGCCUCUUGCGGGGCCGCGGAGAGCAGCGAUGCCUGGUCCUCCUCCUCCGGGGAGGGCAGCCCGCAGCAGCAGGUGUCCGCCACCGCCUGGCCGCCACCGCCCGGCCAGGGCUCAGUAGGGCGUCCCGGCCAGCUGGUCCCUCCCGGGCGCGGGGCUCAGAGUCUGGGGAGCCUUCCUCUGCUGCCCCCCGGCCGCCCCGCGAAGCCACCGCCUCUGCAGCGGUGUCUGAGCGACAGCGUGAUCCGCUACCACCCGGUGGAGCCCGCCCUGGGGCACCUGCUGCAGGGCGAGUCGCCUGGCCCGGCCUGGGACCAGGGGCGGCCGGACGGCGGCCGCGGGGGAAGCGAUGUUCCUGCGGCCGCGGAGUGCUCGGUCAGCUGCGGGGAGAGCCGGAGCGCGGGGUCGCGCCAGGCCGAGCGGCUGCUGCUCAGUGCCCAGGGCUCCGCGCCGCAAGAGGCAGCGGCCGGAGGCGGGCUCCCGGCAGCGUGCCCCUGCAGCCGCCCGCAUGCCCCCCAGAGCUCCUUCAGGCCGCCCGCGGUCAGCGUCGGGAAGCUGCAGAAGUGGGUGUGCAAAGGGCGCCUGCUGUCCCUGGGAAUGAAGGGGCGCGUCGGGGCAGGGGCUUCCUCCGCUGACCCCAGAGCCAUUGGGACCGGUGCGGCGCUGCCUGCUCAGCCAGACCUCGGAGAAGAGAGGCCCGCAACUCCGCCAGCUUGGAGAGGGCACGGAAGCAAGGCCCUGACAGCUCCCCCGGACCAAAGAGUUCUGCUGACAGAUUUAAUUGAAAAUAUUUACAUAUCCUCCACAAGCGAGAGAGAACUUAAAAUUCUUAUGGCCGGUGAAGUCCCUGAGCAUAAUCCACAGCUUGACAGCAUCACAGUUUCUAAGAAACGUAACUGGCUACAUCAGAGUACUCUAAAGGCCCCUAAUCUGGAAGAAGAAAAUAUCUGUAAGAAAAUGCAAGGAAAUACUAUCCAUGUACCCAAAUCGUCCAGUCCAUUACCUGGACCUAAACUGCCACCAGUUCCUCCCAAAUCACCUAUAGGACAGGAAUGUCCUACAAGAACCUCUAGUUUUGUAACUGCUGUUCACCAUUCUACAAACCCUUCAGUUUUGAGAAACUGUACUUUAGACUUCAGUGAGGAUAAUGAUGCAGAUGAUGAAGGAGAAAUAUGGUACAACCCUAUCCCUGAAGAUGAUGAGCCUGACUUCCCCAGAGUCCAUUGUUUUACUGGGAAAAACUCUGUUAAUUUGGACUCCCAUACCACCAGUUUCAAGAUGUUGCCUGGGAGUGACUUGAUUAAAGUAAUGGGGCACAAUAAAGGCCUUCCAUACUUCUCAGAAUCUGCAGGAGACAAUCAAAUGGCUCAGGCCUGUGAAAUUAAUCAAGCAGAUUCCAUACAUUCCACAGAGUAUGUGCAGCUGCACAAGCAGAGUUUUGUGUGCAAGACUCAGAGUGCGACAGCAAUAGAAGAGAGCCCUGCAUUUAAAUAUUGUUCAGCAGGGUCUGGAAUCGUACCUGCAAACAAGGCUGAGGCAGGAGCGACAGAAAUUUCUCCUCCAAGUCCUAAUCCUUUGAAAAAAGGAGGAUCAAUUAAUUGGCCUUUCCCUGAUAAAAUAAAAUCUCCUAGAACUGUGAGAAAACUUUCAAUGAAAAUGAAAAAAUUGCCAGAACUCAGCAGGAAGCUGAGCAUCAAAGGAACCUCAAGCUCUAAUAGUUCAGAUAAUCCUUCUUCCUUGCUGAAAGGUGACUGUCAGGAUACAAGCCAAGCCACAUCUUUACCAUCUUCUGGAAACGCAACAGCAGCUGCUAGCAGGAAUGUUAUAAGUCGCUACCAUCUUGACAGUAGUGUAUCAUCACAACACGGCUACAAAAAGAAAAGCAGUGGGAGUUCCAAAUCCUCCAGUAAAGGUGGUUAUCUCAGUGAUGGAGACUCUCCUGAACUUAUAGCAAAAUCGGGUAAACACGGUUCUGUAAGCAGGUUUGGGAAAGGAAAAGAGACCCUUCCAAGUAACAGCAAUAAAACUGAAAUAGACAUUGAUGCCUUUAGACAUUACAGCUUUUCUGAUCAACCCAAAUGUUCCCAAUACAUAUCCGGACUCAUGAGUGUUCACUUCUAUGGUGCUGAAGAUUUGAAACCGCCGCGGAUGGACUCAAAAGAUGUCUUUUGUGCAAUUCAGGUAGAUUCAGUAAACAAAGCAAGAACAGCCUUGCUUACAUGCAGGACGACUUUUUUAGAUAUGGACCACACUUUCAACAUAGAAAUUGAAAAUGGCCAGCACUUAAAACUAGUGGUCUUCAGCUGGGAGCCUACCCCACGGAAAAAUCGUGUUUGCUGUCACGGAACAGUGGUUCUCCCCACUCUUUUUCGAGUGACAAAGACGCAUCAGCUGGCUGUCAAACUGGAGCCCAGAGGGCUUAUUUAUGUCAAACUGACUCUCAUAGAACAGUGGGAGAAUUCUCUUGAUGGUCUAGUUGCAGAUCGAGAGCCAGUGAUAUUUGGAGUAGAUGCUCGAAAAGUUGUUGAGAAGGAAAACGUGGGCUUGAUGGUACCGCUUCUGAUGCAGAAAUGUAUUGUGGAGAUUGAAAAGAGAGGCUGCCAGGUUGUAGGCCUGUACCGAUUAUGUGGUUCAGCAGCAGUCAAGAAAGAGCUUCGAGAGGCGUUUGAGAGGGAUAGCAAGGCUGUUACUCUCUGUGAAAACCAAUACCCAGAUAUUAAUGUGAUAACAGGUGUCCUCAAGGAUUAUCUAAGAGAGCUGCCCUCUCCCCUGAUAACUAAGCAGUUGUAUGAAACAGUGUUAGAUGCCAUGGUGAAAAAUCCCUUGAAAAUGACAGCGAGCGGUUGUGAAAAUGACCCAAGUGACUCUGAGCAUACGGUGGCCCUUCUUGAUUGUCUGCCAGAUGUUGAAAAGGCAACCCUAAAGAUGCUGCUGGAUCACCUGAAAUUGGUGGCGUCUUAUCAUGAAGUAAAUAAGAUGACGUGCCAGAAUUUAGCUGUGUGUUUUGGGCCUGUCUUACUGAGCCAGAGGCAGGAGACCUCAAACCAUAAUAACAGAGUCUUUACAGAUUCAGAAGAGCUUGCUAGUGCCCUGGACUUCAAAAAACACAUAGAAGUUCUUCAUUAUUUGCUCCAGCUAUGGCCAGUAGUGGCUAGAAGACCCAGACAGAAUUUGAGACGCCAUCUGUACAACUAUGUAACAGAAGGCUUUGCGGAGAUAGUGCAAUGUUCAACUGCCAAAGAAUCAACAUACUCAAACAUGUUUCCAGGGAACCAGUCGUCUUUGAAUUAUCUGAGACCCAAGAAGCAGCGGCCUCAGAUGUUGAAUUUGAGCAGUACUGAAAUGUCAGGGGUACUUAGGCCCAGACCAGCCAGAUUAGACAGUCCCUCAAGUAAUCGCUAUGCAGGAGACUGGAGCAGUUGUGGGGAAAACUACUUUUUGAAUCCAAAGGAGACCCUAAAUGAAGCAGACUAUGAUGAUGUUCCUUCAGAAGAUACAGAAAGUGGGGAAGAUUGCAGCAAAGUAGAUGGACCAGAUAGACUGAUUGAACACGCAAAGUCCAUGUCUAAAGAGCAUACAUUUCAGACCUAUUUGACAAUGCAAACAAUAGAUUCAGCAGUGGACCACAGAGUAAACCUCAAAGACCUGCAAGAAAGUAUUGAUACUCUGAUAGGAAACUUGGAGCGGGAACUCAACAAAAACAAACUAAAUAUCACUUACUAAUUUCCUUGCAUGAUACCUGCUGUUGAUACCUCCCUGUUCCUCCACCCGCCUCCUCAAAAAAGUCUGUCUGUCUGGUUUUUCUAAUGCAUUGUGGAAUAAUCUGUGGCCUCCCUUCGAUAAACAAAUCCAAUUUAGCCAAUCCAUUAUUGUGGAUAAUUUUUCUUCUCAUUAGAAGAAUACAUUGGCCUCACCCUCCGUGGUUUAAGUUGGCCUUUUAGACUAUGCGAAAUGAUGUUAGGAAGAAGUGAUUUCCCCCCUCACCCCGUCAAGGUACUAUGCACUUAUGAAGCUUGGACAGUAUGUGACAGGAGAUAAGGUGCCAUCUUUGUCUGCUCUGUGUAGCAACAGCACUCUUCGUUCCUGAAACUUUAUACCUGGUACGGACAUUCCUCUUAGUAGAGGAUUAGUGUUUCUUGGCCUGUGAUUUGCAGCAUGAACUUUAGGUAGAUCCCAUUCUACCAUCUAUGUCACCUUUUCAUUUGCAAUGCAAAGGCUGCUAUGAAAAAAUGCUUUUUAUACAUAUAUAAAAGUUUAGCUGUACAAAAUAUUAUUGUAUUCCUGUAUUAACACUUUUCAGUAAUUAUUUAAACCUGCAAAAGUUAAAUAUUUUUCUAACCUUGUUUGUAUAUAUUUAUGUACAUGUUUGUAUAGUUAUAUUGGGAAGCGGGAAAUCUGAAUUAGAUAAGGAAACCGUUUCUAAAAAGCUCCACAUUGUGAUGCCAAAAUAAGGAUUCGCUUGAGCAAUGUAGCAUUUGAUUUUACGCACAGAAAUAUGUGCCGAGAGAGAGGACAUAGUGAAUGAUUAAUAUAAAUGACCUUGUGUCACAUGUUGUGCUUCAGUUCACAGCUGUUGACUAUUAACUACAUUAAGAAACCAUCCAGUUUAGUUUUAAGUAGUAUUCCAGCAUUUCCUAAGUGUUUCCAGUGAACCUGUCUGUUCCCUUUAAAGGUGCCCUUCAAGCAAAGAAGGGGGAUAGAAAGGAUUGUGCUAUUUAUUUUUUUUAAUCCUUUCUGAUGUGUGAAGAAGGUCUGAAAGGGUUUUGGGUUUUAAAGCUGUUAUUUGGGGAGAGGGUGUGUGCUUUUUUCUUUUAUCUUAGAAAUAGCAGACUGUUAAAUCUUUAAUGUCUUUGGAAGUCAUCUUGCAUGAUUCAGAUGUUCAUUGGGAACUUGGAGGUGAUAAAUACCUAUGAAAGGCAGUCGUGUGACACCCCCCCCCCCAUCAGUGUUUUAAUUAAAUAGGUGUUAACUGAAACAAACAAAAUCAAGAGUUUUAAACAGUCAGAAUGAAAAUCACAUCCCCUCUCAAUCAGAUUUCAUUUCCUUGGUAUCUGUGAUCUCAUAAUAUAGUCAUACCUCCCAUCAGCUAGAGUCUUCCAUGGCAGGCAACUGAAUUUCUAAAAUAAAAAAAGCUGAGAAUUUUGUUUAAUUUUUUUUUUAAAUCCCAAGCCACCUUUGUAACAUCAUAACAAGCAAAAGGGCACAAACCCAUUGUUUUUCUUUUAUAGGUCACAGCAUUUUUACUGGGAAUUAAAACAUCCAGUCUUAAUCAACUAGCAGUAUAGGAUUUAAUUUUCUUGUUUCUUUUCACUAUGUCCGAUGCAUCCUUCCAUAUCUUUCCUAUUGCCCUGUAGUAAGUGCCUUUAGCUAGUACAUACUUCUAUAUAUUGCCAGGUUUUAUAAUUAUUUAUUUGCAGUAGAAUGGCAUUGAGAAUUAGGGUACAAUUUUACUACCUUUUUCUAAAGGAAUAUCUUAGCAUGGUUUCAAAUGAUUUAUUCAUUCUCAUUAAUUUAUUUUUGUUAUAAGUGUUAAAAUAUGCAAUACAAUAUUGUUUUAAAUGUAAAUUUAAUCUGACACAUUUAUCAAUAAAGCAAUGUAUUUUUUUAAACUUUUAUACAGAAUGUGUAUAAUUUUAAAACUAUAAAUUUUAAUUCUAAAUAAAAAUUUGAAUUGAGAAUAAAA